CCACAUUCAGUUGUAAUCACUUCCGUGUGUGGCGCAGCUCAUAGGCUUUGCUGUGUCCAUUACAAGACCAACAGAAAUGUUGUUGAUCAAAUAUAGAUAAAAUCCAUCAAAUAUAUUAUCAGUCAGAUAACGGCAGUAUAGUUACAAUUUGGUUUGUUCAUAAUCUAUGACUUGUUCAGGUAGUUUCCUUUCACUGCCAGCCCUUCCUUUCAUGGCUGCUAAACUUUGUGAAAAUGUGUGGGUUCAAAAACAAAACCCACAACAAUUUCACUGAUACAGGGACUAAUAAUUAACAUAUUCUCUCAGAGUCGAACUUUGACCCCUACCUUUCCCACAAUCCUCUGAGAAGGGGUGUCAGUUGGAAUGUAGAUUGCGAAGGAGAAGGUUUGGAGAGAAAGAGAGCAGGGAGAGAAAUUCACCGGAACCAUGACUGACAAGUUGCCAGUGAUGAGAAUUGGAGUUGUGGGAUAUGGACAUUUAGGGCAGUACCUUGUGGAGCGGCUCCAGAGAGAAGGGGCCCAGGUGGGCCUGACACUGGUCUUUGUGUGGAACAGAAACACUGACAAACUCAGAGAAUCAGUGGCUGAGGAGCUGAUUCUACACAACCUCCCAGACUUUACAGACAGGGGUGCUGAUGUGAUUGUGGAGGUGUGUCAUCCCAAAAUUGUAAAAGACUUUGGAGUCCAAUUCCUCUCUAAGGCCCAUUUUUUGGUGGGCUCUCCUUCAGCCCUCUCAGACCCACAGCUGAACCAGGAACUGCGCCAGGCUGCAGAGCAUCAUGGGAGGACCCUAUAUGUCCCCAGUGGUGCAUUGUGGGGAGGCCAGGAUAUCCUGAGACUCAAUGAUAGUGGAUCUUUAAAGGCACUGUUCAUCCGGAUGUCCAAGCACCCGUCAUGUUUCCGUCUGACAGGAGACGUGCUGUCUGAUUGGACAGAGGAUGAGGGGAGGCGGGUCUUAUUCGGUGGCUCGGUGGCAGAGCUCUGUCCUGUCGCCCCUAACAACGUCAACACCAUGGCGGCAGCAGCCAUCGCAGCGGGGACCCUGGGUUUCGCUGGCGUCCAGGGGGAGAUUGUGUCGGAUACGGCACUAAGUGAUUACCAUGUGGUGGAGGUGGAGGUUACUGGUGCCAAUGGCUUCACAGUGCAUACAGUGAGGAGGAACCCAGCCAAACUUGGAGCUGUAACUGGGAGUGCCACCUACAACUCCUUCUGGAGCAGCUUACUGGUGUGUAAGGGACAUGGUGGCCGGGUUCACUUGUGCUGAAGAGGGAGCGAUUUCAGAAGACAAUUCCCUCUACCAACCAAACACUCACAACACUAUGGUACUGAAACACACUCACAACACUAUGGUACUGAAACACACUACACAACACUAUGGUACUGAAACACACAUUACACAACACUAUGGUACUGAAACACACAUUACACAACACUAUGGUACUGAAACACACUACACAACACUAUGGUACUGAAACACACUACACAACACUAUGGUACUGAAACACACAUUACACAACACUAUGGUACUGAAACACACAUUACACAACACUAUGGUACUGAAACACACAUUACACAACACUAUGGUACUGAAACACACUACACAACACUAUGGUACUGAAACACACUACACAACACUACGGUACUGAAACACACAUUACACAACACUACGGUACUGAAACACACAUUACACAACACUAUGGUACUGAAACACACAUUACACAACACUAUGGUACUGAAACACACAUUACACAACACUAUGGUACUGAAACACACAUUACACAACACUAUGGUACUGAAACACACUACACAACACUAUGGUACUGAAACACACAUUACACAACACUAUGGUACUGAAACACACUACACAACACUAUGGUACUGAAACACAUUACACAACACUACGGUACUGAAACACACAUUACACAACACUACAGUACUGAACUGUCUGCAGUGGCUGUGUCUGUAGUUACUGAUCAUGUGUGAGCAAAGAUGGGCUUGCUUCAUAUAUGGUGUGACUAUCAGGAUUGACAAAACCAAGUCUGCAUCUACAAUUCUGGGGAAUCAAAUGUUGCACCUUCAUCCUACCAAGUUCUACUACUGGAUCCCAGCAGCACUUCCCUCCUUUUCUCUACUAAUUAAAAUAUGACUUUGUGAAGUAACAAUUUAAAUGACCAACUCCCUCAGGGUGAUGGCAGGCACCACAUUCAUUAGCAAUCGUCUAGCAACAAGCCACAACUUUUACAGCUCGUAUACAGUUACAUCCACUACAAUACAUGAUAACAGUAACGUAUGAUGAUCUUUAUGUGGUGUCUUGGUGUUGUCACCACACACACCAUUGUGGCCUUAAAACCAGAAGGUUCUAUCUGCAAAAAUUAAGGUUCUGAACCCUAAUUGGUUUGAAUGAUGUAUUUGUAUCUUGUAUUCUUUUGAACUUAACAUGAAUGUAGUUAUUUAGAGUACUAUAUAUAUGUAGAGAACAUUGUACAGAACAAGAAAUAACAAAACGUGCAGAUAGAACCUUAUAGAACCUUAUAGAACCUUAUAGUUCCAAGCUCUCACAGUAUUUCCUGUUGUAGUAAAACCCCAACAAAAGAGAA